AAUACAACAUCAAGGAUUACUCUUUGCUUGCUCAAUUCGUCAUCAAUUUUAUACAUUGUACAAUAAUAUAAAUGUCUACAACAAUUACUUUAAAGUGGAACAAGUCAACUUUUGACAAUGUCGAAAUUGGGGAUUUAAAAACUGGUUUAGAUUUCAAGAAGAAAUGUCAAGAAUUAACUGGUGUUCAUCCUGAUAGACAAAAAAUCAUGGGUUUGGGAGCUGGUAUCUUGAAAGAUAAUCAAGAAUUGAGUGCUGUUAAAGUUAAGGCUGGUCAACUUGUUAGAAUGAUGGGGUCUGCUGAUGAAUUACCAGAACCACCAAAGGAAAAAACAGUUUUUAUCGAAGAUACUGCUAAAGAAAAUGGUGAUGGUGAAGUGCAAUAUUAUCCAGCUGGUUUGGAAAAUUUAGGAAAUACUUGUUAUAUGAAUUCUGCCCUUGAAAGCUUUAGAUACGUUCCAGAAUUGAGAGAAGCUAUUGAACAUUUUGAUGGAUCGUCUGUUAGUGAAUUGUUGGAAAAGGAUAAGGAAAUUGCCUCUGAAUUGAAAUCAUUGUAUAAGAGAUUGGAUACUGCUAAUGAUUCUAUUUCACCAAUUACAUUUUUAGAAGCUUUCAGAAAGGCUUAUCCACAAUUUGCUGAAAAGGAACGUACUGAAUUGGGAGAAUUUUAUUCUCAACAAGACUCUGAUGAAUUUAUUACUAAUUUAUUAGGAUCUUUGGAAAAUAUGCUCAAAACUAGUGAUCGUAAUGUUGUGAAUUUGAUUACUUGUUACUUAUAUUGCUUUUACAGACUUCAAUGUACAGAAUGUGAAGAAGCUCCAACUGUCACAAAGGAAGCUUGGAAGAAACUUUCAUGCUUUAUCUCACAACAAGUAAGCAAUUUACCUUAUGGAUUACAAAAGAGUUUAGAUGGUACUUUGGAAAAAGAAUCUCCAACUCUUGGUAAAACUGCUGUAUAUACUAAAACUCAAAGAAUUUCCAAAUUGCCAAAUUAUUUGGUUGUUAACUUUGUUCGUUUCUUCUGGAAGCAAAAGCAACAAGUUAAGGCUAAGGUUUUGAGAGAUGUCGCCUUCCCAUCUGUUUUGGAUACUUUUGAAUUGUGUACUGAUGAAUACAAGAAUAAGUUGAAGGAAACAAGAGAAAAGAUGAGAUUGGACCGAGAGGAAGAAAUGAAAAAGAAGAAGGAAGAACAAUUAAAUAAUUUGGGACAACAAGCCAAGAAGCAAAAGACUGAAGAAACUGACAAGACACCACUUUAUCAAGUCAAUGAUAGUGGUUGGUUUGAAUUGUGUGCUGUAGUUACUCACAAGGGUAGAGCAGCCAACGAAGGUCACUACGUUGCUUGGGUUAAGAAUGAUGCUGGACAAUGGUUGCAAUUUAACGAUGAUGAUGUCACUGCUGUUACUGAGGAAGAAGUCAAGAAAUUGAGUGGUGGUGGAGAUUGGCAUACUGCUUAUUUGUGUCUCUAUCGUAAAGCACGUAAACUCAAUUUAUAA